GGAGCUUUGACUGUCCGGCCACGAGCGACAUCUCGCACAUACAACCUACCUUAACAAACACCGGUUCGCCGACAAGAAUCCGGAUUUCAUCACCUAGAAUGAAGACCACCCUAGCGACCCUGACUCUGUGCCUGGUGCUGCUCAUGGCAACAGGCUUCCCAUUCGAGAGGAAAGGGGCCUCGGCGUCCGCCGGCGCCUCCAAGGAGAAGCGUGUGCAGUUUGCCGCCUGGGAUGACGUCAACGUCAUCGCCCACGGCCUCCUGCAGCUGGGCCAGGGCCUCAAGGAGCACGUGGACAAAACCAAAGUCCAGAUGAGGGACAUCUUCACCAAGCUCAAGGUCUACAACCGCACCGUGGGCGAGCUGGCCAAGGAGAGCCAGAGGCUACACGCGGAAGGGGACGCCCUGAAGGCGCGAGCCCGGGGGAUGGAGGACAGAGAGGGGCAACUGCUCAACGUCACGGCCGAACUGCGGGAGAAGACGGAGGAGAUGCAGCAGGAGAGGAAGGCCGCCGGCGAGAGGACGAGGCGGCUGGAGGAGAAGCUGGACAGCAUGAUGCAGGAGAAGAACUACAGCGACACGCACAACAUCCAAAUGAUGAUGGAGGCCCAAAACAGACGGAUUGAUGAUUUACUGGGACGCAUCGGACUCCAACAGGAGAAGCUCGACAAGCAGAACGUGCGCAUUAAAACCCUGCAAAGUCAGGUCCAGCAGUCCAGGCAGAAAGCGUUCCCGAAGAACACCGAUGGCUUCCCUUCAAGUGCCGCGUCCGAGCAACGCGACUCGCCAGCCGCCAUGGCGUCAGACUGCCACGAGCUCUUCCUGCGAGGCGAGACCACCAGCGGGGUGUACGCCGUCCAGCCGCACGGCAGCCAGCCUUUUGAAGUCUUCUGCGAGAUGACAGCUGAUGGCGGAUGGACCCUGAUUCAAAAGCGCCAGGAUGGCUCUGUGGAUUUUGACCAGCUGUGGCACGCCUACGAGCAAGGCUUUGGCGCCCUGAAUGGAGAGUUCUGGUUGGGACUGGACAAGAUCCACUCCAUAGCCAAAAACGGCGGCUACAUCAUGAAAAUCCAGAUGUCCGACUGGGGGAACGAUUUGGCGUCCGUCCGCCUCCCCUUCCGACUGGGCGGCGAGGAGUCCAAGUACGCUCUACAAAUUCAGGAGACCGACACAGUCAGUCCUUUGGAAAGCUCCUUGGGCUCCGACGCCGCUUCCGGCCUGCCUUUCUCCACCCGAGACCAAGACAACGACCAGAAAAACGACGCCAACUGCGCCGGGCAUCUCUCCGGUGGCUGGUGGUUCAGCAACUGCGGUCAGUCUAAUCUCAACGGCCGAUACUUCCAGAGCCCGCCGCCCAAACAGAGGCACCAAAGGAAGCAGGGAAUCUUCUGGAAGACCUGGAGGGGCCGCUACUACCCGCUCAAGUCAAGCACCAUGAUGAUCGCCCCCGCCGUGAUAGAGAGCAGGUCUUAAGAAAAGAGAGAGACACAGUAGACUGAGUCCAGACUAGACAGGGGAGGAAGAUGUCGCUUUAUUCGAAGAGGUUGUACCUCCGCCAAGGCCCUCAGAGUAGAAGCCGGACAAGGCGCACUCCGCAGAGAGGAGCGGGAAGGCGUUAGACGUCACUUACUCCUUCCGGCAUGACAGAGCCCGCUCCGGCAUGUCCACGGCGACCGAGCCUGCAAGAAUGCGCCGACAAGCGUAGACUCGUCGCCUAGUCGCACCAGCAGGCUCAACAUGUCGGAGCAAAUCCAGCUCUGCCCCCUUUUUUUUGUAAGCAGGCCGAUUAUGCUUGUUUGGAUUUUAAGGCCAGUUGUGUGGACUGAGGGGGUCAGAGGUCACUUCGUGCAUAACGCCCGCCAUCUUGUGUGUCAAAACUAAGCGAAGCGUGUACCUUUUUGAAACCAAGAGCUACUUCUUGGGUACUGAUUCAUGAGAAGGGCUACCAGUUUGAUACACACUUAAAUAAAUUGCCAGAAAUAGCCAAUUAGCUCAAUUUACCUUUAACUCUAUGUUAUUAUUAAUAAUUAAUGAUAUUUAUCUUUGUGGAAACACAGAUCAUCUUAAUGAUUUCUCACAAUAAAUAUAUAUAGAAACAGAUAAAUAUCACAAAAAAAAGGGUAUUUCUGUCUGUCAUUCCGUCGUACAUUCUUUUUCCUUCGACGGAAGGAUUUUUGUAGAGAAUAAAUGAUGAAAAAACACUUAAUUGAACGGUUUAAAAGAGGAGAAAACACCCCAAAAAAUUAAAAUUUAAUUUUUAAACAUAGUUUCUCUUCAAUUUCGACUCUUUAAAAUUCAAAAUUCAACCGAAAAAAAAGAAGAAAAAAACUAGCUCAUUUCGAAUCUUUUUGAAUUUAAAAAAAAAAAAAAAUAUGGAACAUCAUUAGUAAUUUUUCCUGAUUAAGAUUAAUUUUAGAAUUUUGAUGACAUGUUUUAAACAGGUUAAAAUCCAAUCUGCACUUUGUUAGAAUAUAUAACAAAUUGGACCAAGCUAUAUUUCUAACAAAGACAAAUCAUUAUUUCUUCUAGAUUUUCCAGAACAAAAAUUUUAAAAGAAAUUCAAAAGACUUUGAAAUAAGAUUUAAAUUUGAUUCCACAGAUGUUCUAGAUUUGCCAGAAUAAUUUUUUGGAAUUUUAAUCAUAAUAAGUUUGAAGAAAUAUUUCACAAAUAUUCUUCGUCGAAAAAACAGAAGCUAAAAUGAAGAAUUAAAUUAAAAUGUAUUUAUUAUUCUUUACAAUAAAAAAUAAAAACUUGAACAUUGAUUUAAAUUGUCAGGAAAGAAGAGGAAGAAAUUUAAAAGGUAAAAAGUUUUAUAUGUGUUUAAAAAUCCUAAAAUCAUUUUUAAGGUUGUAUUUUUUCUCGAAAAUUGUCUUUCUGAAAGUUAUAAGAAGCAAAGUAGAAAAAUUAUUGAAUUUAUUUAAACAAGUGAAGACCAAGUCUUUAAAAUAUUUUCUUGGAUUUUCAAAUUCUAUUUGACUUUUGUCUCUCUUAGAAUUAAAAAUGUCGAGCAAAGCGAGACCAGCCUGCUAGUAAAUAAAUACAAUUUAAAAAAUAGAGGCAUCUCACUGGUAAGUGCUGCUAUUUGAGCUAUUUUUACAAUAGGCUAGCGGGCAACUCAUCUGGUCACCGCGUUGGUGAGCCCUGGUGUACGCUUAUAUUGUUAUUUUGCUGCGAAACGGGUCACAAGUGCGUGGUGUGGGGUUGUAGGAAUCGCGCAAAUUCAGGACAAGGAACUACAAAGUACAACGACAAGGGUGUCAAAGUCAAGAAUUAAUUAUCUAUGGCCCCCGGGAUGAUAUUUGAUUAGUAUUAGAACCGGCCCACAGGCCACAGCCACCUGCUGCUGUUUUGCAAGCACCAGUCCUCCAUUAGUGUUGGCGCUAGGAAUUUUCAAAAAGUCAUAAAAAAUGGGGUCCCAGAGUACAUUUUUGGCCCUUUUUUCUAAGCAUUUUAAAAACAAAUGAUAAAUGUAUGCAUUAUCCUGUUAUAGCUCACAUUCUAUAUUGUGUUUUGGAAAAAGGUUGUCAUAAACGUUACUUACUGUAUUUCCUUGAAUUGCUGCAGGACAUAUAGUAUGCGCCUGCCUUGAAUUACUGCCGGGUCAAACUCGCUUCGCAAAAAAAUUAGCGCAUGUUUAGUAUUACCGCCUGGUCAAACUCGUGACGUCAGAGGCUGAUUUCAAUACCGGUAAUUUGAAAUCACAUAAAGGGAAGAAGAUUAAGAGCUAUUCAGUAGGAUUUAAGGUCCAGGCUUACAUCACACUCAAAUUUUUACUGCAUGCCUUUGGUAAGUGCCGGAGUGAGAAGAGGUUUUAGAAUAAUUAGCGCAUGCUUACUUUUACCGCAUGCCUUUGGUAAGCGCAGGAGUGACAAGAGGGUUUAAAUUAAUUAGCGCCCCGGCGGCAAUUCAAGGAAAUACGGUAAUUUAAAAAUGAAUAAAUAAAUAAAACACAUUUUUAUGCAUAUAUUCAGUUAUUAAUAUUCAUUCACUUUCUUCUUUCCUUCAUGAAUCCAAACUUUACCGCUGCCCGUAUUUUUCUCAAUUUUUAUUGUAACAAUUUCAGAAUGCGUUCGUUGUAUUUUCUAUUUUAUUGUUCACGUCCUCUUCUGAACUUGCCGAAGUUGACGUCAUUGUCGAAGCAAAAGUGCGAGGAAAUAUUUAGUGACAAAGUUACGACACACAAGAUGGCGGCUGCAGCGAGGAUUACCCAUAAUCCCUCGCAACCGGAAACCCACAUAUACAAGUUGUUGUAUGUAUAGUCACUGUACACUGUUUGACGAUGUUUAAACUCUUAAGACGGAUGUCAGCUCAUAUCAUUCCAGCUUCGCUACUUUGUUUUUAUGUGGAGCCUCAUUUUAAGUCACAUUGACUUCUUUUUUUUUGUACUUGUGUGCAUAGUGAAACGAGGAAUGUUGUCUUGUACGUGUCGUGUUGUCGUUCACUCGGCUUAUUUAAAAUAGCGCAAAGAAACAAGGUCAAACAUUAUCGUAUAUUUCCAGGCUGCUUGUAAUUUAUAUUGUACAUGUUGUGUUUGGUUGGAUGUUCUUCACAGAGACUAAUGGCCAAGAGGAGCCAAUAAAAUUGAUUUUCUUAAAAAAAUA